GUGUUCGCUUCGACACGUUGUUUUCUUCCUUUUCUUUUUGCAGCCGAAGAUGUCGGUAUACGGGCCCAUAGUGAAGAUUCAUCCGGUGGUUCUUGCUUCCAUUGUUGACUCUUAUGAGCGACGCAAUGAAGGAGCUUGUCGAGUUAUCGGGACACUGCUCGGAACCAUCGAUAAGCAUACAGUCGAAGUUACCAAUUGCUUCUCUGUUCCACACAACGAGUCCGAAGAUGAGGUAGCAGUUGACAUGGAGUUUGCAAAGAACAUGUAUGAGCUCCACAAGAAGGUCUCCCCCAGUGAAGUUAUUGUAGGCUGGUAUGCUACAGGGUAUGAUAUCACAGAACACUCUGUUUUAAUUCAUGAGUAUUACAGCCGGGAAGCACAGAACCCAGUUCACCUUACAGUAGACACUGCCUUACAAAGUGGAAGAAUGAAUAUUCGUGCAUAUGUCAGUGCUCAGAUGGGACCUGGAAAGACUGUUGGUGUGAUGUUUACUCCAUUAACAACUAAAUAUGUCUAUUAUGAUACUGAGAGGAUUGGAGUGGAUCUACUCCAUCGCACCAGGAAUAUUCCCAGUCGGACCAACGGGUUGACCACAGACUUGGAACAGGUGGGAUCAGCGUCUCGCAUUCAAGAAAUGUUGACAACCGUAUUGUCUUACACUGAGGAUGUCUUGUCUGGGAAGAUAGCUGCUGACAACACUGUUGGUCGUUUCUUAAUGGAUUUGGUCAAUAAAGUUCCAAAAAUCACUGCAGAGGACUUUGAAAGUAUGCUUAACAGCAAUAUAAAUGACCUGUUGAUGGUAACAUAUCUUUCAAACCUGACUCAAGCACAAAUAGCACUCAAUGAGAAACUGGUGUGUCUGUAAUUUUUAAUUUGCCACUGAAACAUGCAAAUAAAGUAAAUUUAUACACUAACAUAAA